AUGUUGUGUGGAGGAGCUGCGCAGUCGGACCUCCCGCCGCCUGGCGUCGACGUUGCCGAUCAGCCAGCCGUCCUUCGGGGUCCCCCCCAGCUGCAGCUGCCGCUGCUCACCGUCGGUGCCUUUGGCUGGCAGCUGGUAUGGAGCAUGGAAAUGGCUUUUGCUAGCCCUUACUUGAUCGAGCUGGGCCUCUCGAAAAGCCAAGUAGCUGCCGUGCUCGUCGCGGGGCCUCUCAGCGGACUGAUCGUUCAGCCUGUCAUCGGUGUGCUCGCAGAUGGGUCAACGCACAGAUGGGGACGACGCCGCCCAUUCUUGCUCGUAGCUUGCCUUUUGAGCACAGCUGCUAUGUUUUUACUUGCGUUUGCGAAUGACAUCGGGCGCGCUUUUGCUUCGACGAAUGAUGCCAAGGUUCACUGGAUUUCUCAACUCUGCGCGGUAUUUGCAGUAUUCGGGGUCGAUUUCAGUGUCAAUGCAAUAAUGUCGAUGGACCGAUCGCUGUACAUCGACAUGGUUCCUCCAUCGUCGCAAGGGCAAGUUAGUGCAUGGGCUGCGCGGCUUGCGGGGCUGGGAGACGUCCUUGGGUUCCUCAUCUCUCACUUGAAUCUUCCAACAUAUGCACCGUUUUCUUGGUUUCCAAGCCAGCUGAAGUGUCUCUGCUUCAUGACAAGUUUCUUUCUGCUUAGCACACAUGCUGUGACUGCUUGGACGGCGCAAGAGCGAAGACUAGUGCGCAGCGUGGAACAACAUCUAACCGUAGCGGCCGUGCUACAACACCUCAAGAAGGUCUUCAGAGACUUUGUGGUGGCGGCAAGGACUUUACCCCCACCUUUCAAGUGGAUUUUUGCCGUACAAUUCUUUUCAUGGCUCGGCUGGUUCCCAAUCAUGUUCUACUCGACCCUUUGGAUUGGCUCUAUUUGGUCAUCAGCACAACCUGGCGGUGCUGACCCGGUGAGCGCGACUCGAUAUGGAGCCGGUGCGCUCUUCUAUCGCGCGAUUCUGGCUCUUCUCGUCUCCAUCAUUGCUCCAAACCUCGUGGCAGGUGGGGUGCAACAGAAUUCGCCAAGCAUAGCAUUGCACCUCGAGCGUGGCCCGGUCAGGAACAUCUUCAAACACAAGGUGCAGGAGGCGGAACUGUGGUGCUUUUCCACCUUCUUCUUCGCUCUCACCAUGUUCAGCACGCUCUUCGCAGAACUUUCUAUGAGCGCCGGCCUCGCCUCCAUGUUGCUCAUCACGACGGGCUUCUCCUGGGCGAUCGUCAGCUGGAUUCCAUAUAGCCUAGUAGGAAUCCUUGUCUCAAAUGAUCGCGAAGGCGCCUUGAUCAGUGCGCUUCCAUCGACUCAAAGUGGAAAUACGAGUGGGCAACACUUUGAUGCCGAGCGGGAGGCUUUCCUAUCGGACGAGGACCGGGAGACUGAGGCACAAGCUGCAGAUGGUGCAGAGAAUGGAGAAUCGAGUGCAACAGAGGCCUAUCAACAAUCACUGGGAAAGAGAGAUUUGCACGAGCGAGCGGGAACAAUCCUGGGGCUGCUCAACAUCGCCAUCGUUGUGCCUCAAUUCAUCUCGACAGCCCUCUCCAGCGCCUGUGAGUAUUCUUUGCACAUGCGACCACAUGCCACUUAA